AAAUAGUGGUGUGAUCUAAUUUAUAUAUGAUGCGAAACAAAAGGAAAUGUGUGUGCGCUUUAUUCCUCUUAGUGAUUACAACAGUGACGAUUUUUUCCAUUACAAGAAGUGAUCUUUACCAGUCGACAUUGGAGUUCCCAGUAGCAACAAACAAAGAGAGAAUAGUGCCAACGUUGCCGCCGCCAGUAGACAAAUAUGUUGACCAGCUUCUUCGUCAGAAUAAUUCAAAGACUGACUUUGUGGACGAUUCACCAGCAGAAGAUCUGAAGAGAAAGAUAAGAGUUCUGUGUUUAAUUCUAACGACAAAACAGAAUCUCUUGACUCGCGCUCGAGUUGUGAAUGCCACAUGGGCAAAACGCUGCAGCAUGUAUUUCUUCGUUAUUUCAUUCCAAAACAACCGAACUGCUUCAUCGCAGAACAACAUAACGGACAUUAUAGCAACACCUUUCAAAGAAACACGUGAAAUGCUUGUGUACAAAGUGCAAUAUGCGCUCAUGUACGUUUAUAACAAUUUCAUCGAUCAAUUUGAUUGGGUGCUUAAAGCUGACGAUGAUACUUACAUAAUUAUGGAAAACUUACGAUACCUUUUAAGUCAGUAUAGCAGUAGUGAGCCUGGUUAUUUGGGGUAUCACUUUAACAUGUAUCUGCAAAACAGUGGCUAUAUGAGUGGUGGAGCAGGAUACGUCAUCAGUAAUCGAGGUGUUCGCCGAUUGGCUGAAUUUGGACUCACCGUCGACGGCGCAUGCCCAAUAACAAAAUCAUACCUUAUACCGGAAGUCAGUGAAGAUUUUGAAAUAGGGAAGUGCCUUAAAAUUGCAGGUGUACCCGUGUUAGGUUCUGUGGAUAGUCUCAACAGAGAAACAUUCCAUCCGUACCCAAUAAGUCAGUAUUUGUUAGAAUCUCUACCUGAGUAUUUGUAUGAGUGGUCAAACAACAAACCGGAAACGGGUGUUGAUUGCUGCAGUGCGUUUUCCAUCAGUUUUCACUACAUGAAGCCGGGCCUCAUGCUGCUGGUGGAUCACCUGCUGUACAGGACGCUGGUGCACGGCAGAGGGGCGGGCAAAGACCCGAGGAACGCUUUCAAAACGGGAGAAGUGAAGGAUAUGAAAACUCCGAAAAUUAUAAUUAACGGUGUUUAGUUAUUAAUAUGUAUUGAUAAAUCAGUCUUAAAACUGCACUUCCACAGAUUGAUUGUUUUGACAACCUUCUAAAAAAAUAUCUUGGAAUGAGCGUAUUGUGCGAAUGUCUGGAAACUAGUGAUAUAAGACUGCUGACAAAAAAGCAGAUCGCAGUUUUCGUAUUUACGUUUGAAAAUUGAUGUUUUAUGGCUGUAAACGUUACUAACGCUUUAACAAAAAUAUUUUUUCUGCAGUUUACCAAACAAUUGAGAUAUGUUCUAUUGUUAAUAACUGAACCUUUAAGAACUGAAUUGAAGGCACUGAUGCCAAAAUGAGCUGAUUCUGAGACAAAAACAAAUAAAAAUGUUAAAAUUGUCAAUUUGUGAGAGUGCAGCUUAAAUAUCUGUUUUGUUUUCAUGAGAAU